CUGGUUUUCCACUUCCUGUUUAUUUAUUUUUUACUCCUGUCAAAUAAACGGGUGAUUUUGUCGAUUAAUUUGGAUGUAGUUGAUACAUUUAAUUAUAAAAAAUGAUUCCUUAUACUGUCAAUAUUAAACUCGCUGCUCGGACAUUGACUGGCACGCUCAAUUUGCAGAACAAAACAGCAGUUGAUUGGGGUUGGCAGGGACUGAUAGCACAAGGAUGUCACUCCAGCAUCCUCAUCAUCGACCCAAAGACUUCCCAGACCAUCCAGGUCCUGGAGAGGCACAAAGCCAAUGUAGUGAAGGUGAAAUGGUGUAGGGAAAACUACCACCACAGCCUGAGCGCGCCCUACUCCCUCAGACUGGCCUCGGCCGACGCGGCAGGGAAGAUCAUCGUGUGGGACGUGGUGAGCGGCACGGCCCACUGUGAGAUCCAGGAGCAUUCCAAACCCAUCCAGGAUAUGGAUUGGUUGUGGACUCAGGACGCUUCGCGUGAUCUCCUCUUGGCCGUCCACCCGCCCAACUACAUAGUCCUGUGGAACGGUGACACGGGGACCAAGCUCUGGAAGAAAAGUUACGCAGAGAACAUCCUGUCCUUCUCUUUUGACCCAUUCGAGCCAUCCAACCUUGCACUGCUGACCAGCGAAGGCAUCGUCUUCAUCUCUGACUUCUCGCACUCCAAACCCCCCGGCAGUGGGGGUAAGAAGGUCUACAUCGCCAGCCCCCAUGCCAGCCCUGCCCACACUAAGCCUGUUCCCGCGGUGGCCCCUGCCCCCACCGGUGCUAAGAAGGCCCUGAAUAAGGUCAAAGUGCUCAUCACCAACGAGAAGCCCACAGUGGAGGCUGUGACCCUGAAUGCAGACUGCCUGCAGCUGUCCUACCUGCCCUCCAAGAGGAACCACAUGUUGCUACUCUACCCGAGAGAGAUCCUCAUCUUGGACCUGGAACUCAGCCAAACUGUUGGGGUGGUGGCCAUCGAACGCUCCGGGGUGCCCUUCAUUCAGGUGAUCCCGUGUGCCCAAAGAGAUGCUCUUUUCUGUCUCCACGAAAACGGCUGCAUCACUCUGAGGGUGUGUCGCUCCACCAAUGCUCCCGACGAAUCAGGAGCAGCGACCGACCCGGAGCAGUGUGUCCAGGAGCUGGUGUACGACCUGCGUUCCCAGUGUGAUGCCAUCCGGGUCACCAAGACGGUGCGACCAUACCGCAUGGUCAUCUGUCCGGUGAAUGAGAACAAUGCAGCCCUGGCGGUCAGCGACGGACGUGUCAUGCUGUGGGAGCUCAAGGCCCACGUAGCCAAGCCUGCGCUCAAUCCCUGCUCAGGUUUGUCUCCUCUCUACUCUCCUGUGGCGUUCUGUGGUUCACCACUGGGCCAGAACCAGAAGAAGAUUCAGGACCUGUCCCUCAACACAAUGAUCGGUCAGAGUUUGGUUUUGGGAGCAGAUCCUCCCCCUGGCUCUCCACAGCAGGAGGUACAGCUGAAGUUCCUACUGACGGGGCUACUUUCUGGGCUUCCACUGCCCCCCUUCGCCCUCAGGAUGUGCCCCCCGCUCACCACCAAAAACAUCAACCACUACCAGCCCCUAUUGGCUGUGGGGACCAGUAAUGGUUCAGUGCUGGUCUAUAACCUCACCAGUGGACUUCUGCACAAGGACCUGAGUGUCCACUCUUGUGAAGUGAAAGGCAUCGAAUGGGUCAGUCUCACCAGCUUCCUAUCCUUUGCCACCUCGAGCCCCAACAACGCAGGAUUGGUUAGGAAUGAGCUCCAGCAUGUCGACCUGCCCACUGGCAGGUGCUUUGCAUUCCGAGGCGAGCGGGGGAAUGACGAGCCGGCGAUUGAGAUGAUGAAAGUGUCUCAUCUGAAGCAGUACCUGGUGGUGGUGUUCCGAGACAAGCCUCUGGAGUUAUGGGAUGUCAGGACAGGCACCCUGCUCCGAGAGAUGGCCAAGAGCUUCCCCACCGUCACGGCCCUGGAGUGGUCUCCCUCCCACAAUCUGAAGAGUCUGAAGAAGAAGCAGAUGUUAGCACGGGAAGCCAUGGCCCGACAGACCACUCUGUCUGACGCCGAGCAGAGCAGCGUGGAAUCCUCCGUAAUCAGUCUUCUGCAGGACGCAGAGAGUAAGUCGGAGGGCGGGGGCCAGGCCAUCUCAGCGCGUGAACACUUUGUGUUCACAGACACAGACGGACAGGUGUACCACAUCACGGUCGAGGGGAACAUGGUCAAGGACGGAGCCCGCAUCCCCCCAGAUGGAAGUAUGGGUAGUAUUGCGUGCAUCGCCUGGAAGGGAGACACUCUGGUUCUGGGUGAUGUGGAUGGGAACCUCAACUUCUGGGACCUCAAAGCCCGGCUCUCCAGAGGGAUUCCUACUCACCGUGGUUGGGUUAAAAAGAUCCGGUUUGCCCCUGGGAAAGGGAACCAGAAGCUACUGGUGAUGUACACAGAUGGAGCUGAGGUCUGGGACACGAAGGAGUCUGAUUUAGUGCCUGGUCCUGUCCACUCUUUUGUAAGGGUGAACAUGGUGAGCAGCCUGCGGAUUGGUCGGAACGUGAAUUACCGUAUCCUGGACAUCGACUGGUGCACCUCAGACAAGGUGGUGCUGGCCUCAGAUGAUGGUUGCAUCAGAGUGCUGGAGAUGGCUAUGAAGUCGGCCAGCUAUAGAAUGGAUGAGCAGGAUUUGACUGAUCCUGUUUGGUGUCCCUAUCUGCUGCUCCCCCGAGCUGCCCUCACCCUGAAGGCCUUCCUUUUACUGCAGCCCUGGUCCGGCACCUUCACCAUGGACAUCUCACAAGUAGAUUACAUUGAAAAAGACGAGAUUAAGGGUCUGAUCCAGGAACAGCUGAACUCCAUGUCCAAUGACAUGAAAAGCGUCCUGCAGGAUCCCGAGCUCAACCUGCUGCAGCGCUGCCUGCUGGUGUCACGACUGUUUGGGGACGAGUCAGAUUUGCAGUUUUGGACGGUGGCAGCCCACUACCUCCAGUCGUUUGCCCAAGCUCACCAGCUCAGCUUGAGCGUGCCUGAGGGUCAGGCCCCUCUUGAGGGUACCCAGACCACCCCCCAGGGUCAUCUGGACAUCUGCCAUGACACUCUGUGCGAGAGCUUCUAUUUCCAGAGGUUCCAGCUUGAGAGGGUCCAUCUCCAGGAGGUUAAACGGUCUAGCUAUGAACACACCAAGAAGUGUGCUGACCAGCUCCUCCUACUGGGACAGACUGACCGGGCCGUGCAGCUGCUGCUGGAGACCAGUGCCGACAACCCCAGUUACUACUGUGACUCCCUGAAGGCGUGCCUGGUGACCACCAUCACCUCGUCAGGACCCUCCCAGAGCACCAUAAAACUGGUAGCCACCAACAUGAUUGCCAACGGCAAACUGGCAGAGGGUGUGCAGCUACUGUGUUUGAUUGACAAGGCAGCAGACGCUUGUCGCUACCUUCAGACCUACGGGGAGUGGAACCGCGCAGCCUGGCUGGCCAAGGUGCGUCUGAACCCAGCUGAGAGCUCGGAUGUGCUGAAGCGAUGGGCAGAGCACCUCUGCUCCCCCCAGGUUAACCAGAAAUCCAAGGCCAUCUUAGUGUUGCUCUCCCUGGGCUGUUUCCAUAAAGUAGGGGAGAUGCUUCACAGCAUGAGGUACUUUGACCGUGCGGCCCUUUUCAUCGAAGCCUGUCUCAAUUUCGGGGUGAUGGAGGCCAACGAUUCGAGCAAUAAGCUGAUCAGUGCUGCAUUCGUUGACUACGCCCGACUGCUACGCUCAUUGGGCCUGAGGGAGGGCGCCGCAUUCUGGGCGUCGCGUGCAGGGGACGCUGGAGAGCAGCUGCUGGAGGAGCUCUUCGAGGGAGAGGAGGCUGUACCCGUGCCGGAGGAGGAGGAGGAGGAGACUGAGGCCCUGGAGAACGCAGAGUGACCCCCCAGGGUCUGUACGGGAGGGUCGCCCAUAGACACAGAUCUAGGAUCAGUGUCUAUGUGGGCUGAUCCUUGAUCUGCCAUUUUCUUGGUAAUUAUUACAGGUGAAAAUUCUAAGCUGGUCUAGGACCAGUGUUGUGCGGGAAAUUUAGAAUGAGAGAAGGGGAAUUUGUUUUGUCACUGAUAUAUGUCUUGGCUGUGAAUGUGUUUGAGUGUGUUCUGAUUCAUCACAUGAUACAUUUAUGGUUAUUCUGUACUGAUUGUGAAUCUGUGUCCAUAGUUGAUUCUUGGGACAUUUUGAACAGUCUAUCCUUAACGUAAUCUGUUUUUUUCAUGGUAAUAUGAGUCUUUUGUGGAAGAUUCAUUCAUUGCGCUGCCUCCGUUAAUGCCCUUUAAAACAGUUCAAAGUGAGACGACUGUCUUUUGUAUUUUUCUGUGUUAUGCACUUCCUGUUUAAAUCUGGCGUCAGUUUAAAUGCCAGCUAGCUGAGAUGUGACUAAAUUACAUUCCAAAUGGAUGUUAUAAUUAUUGCACUUCUAAUUCAACCAAAUGCUUCUUUGAAUGACAUUGAGGUCCACUUAGUGUCUCUGACCUGUGCUCAAAUGGCAUUUUCUUUGUUUAGCCUGCUUUAAUUCCCAGAUGUGCAGGUUUUGCACUUUUUAGCAUAGUAAAAAUCUCUCUCUAAAACACAGAAUAUUUCGUUUUUCUCAUUCCUAAAUAAUGUUGGCUCAUCCAAUAGUCAUAUUUGUGACCAAAGCAUACUGUGUAAAUUGGAGGAGGAUGAACUGGCCAAUUGCUGGUCUAAUGGAGGAUAAGCUUGCCAAUCAGCAGCCUUCUCACACUUAUAUUUCUGAUGACUGGUUUACACCCACAUGAUUCUGUGGUAAGGUUGGGACCAGACAAUUCCAACAUUGAAAAGCAGCUUUUAAAAAUGUUGGAAAAGAAAUCUGUUUCAUUCAAAUCGUUAGUAGUUAUAGAUGAUAUUUAUUUGAAAUCUGGAGACACUGGGCUGUUUCUUUAAAACAAAUCCUGGCAUCAAAAGCACAUUGGACUGCAUUAAUCGACCUGUCCCCAAUGCACACAUUUCAUUUGUCAAGUUAGCCAGGCUUGUCUGAAUCAACAGGGUUAAGAUAUCAAACCGAUAAUACAUAUUUGUUUUUUUACCACAGUCCGCUGAAAAAGUUUCUUGGUGAAGAUAUGAACUGUAUGUAUGUACAUUUAGAGAAUUGAAUAAGAAUAGAUUUCCAGCCUUUUCAAAUGAGGAUGCAAGAUGUCAAUUUUAUGUGUUUUCUGAUGUGUAAAGUUUGGCAAUAUCAAAAAUAUGUAAUUUAGCAAAUUGUUCUAAAUGACGAGAGUAGACAAAAGCCGCAUGAAGUUAAUGCUGUUCUUUCAAGACCAUCAAAAAGGAGUAUGGCAUUGGCUGGUACCAGGCUCAGCCCAAAAACAGGCCUAUCAGCCAGUACUUCCUGUAGCUGUCUGGAUUGCACUCCAGAGGGAGCCACAAACAAUUAAAAGCUGUGUCAGUAGGCUUACCAUCCUAACCAUUGUCUCAUACCUACAUACCAAAACUAUACAGCUGUUAAACCACUAAUAACUAUAAAUCCCAUGUCAGCUCUUCUCUAUAGGCAGUGAGCAAAUGGGGUGAAACAACUUUUUUCUUAAGACUUUGGUGUCUUACUGAACUUCAAAACGGGAUGUGUGUGAGCAGUGUUUCUGUUUAGUAUCCAUUGUCAUCUUUUGUAGUUCAGAAGCGAUGUUGUAACUAAACCCAUGGGAACUCGGUGUGUCAUUGUGUUGUCAAAAAGACACGUCUGUGCUGUUCUUCUGGUCUGUGAAGUUGUUGACCACCCUAGGCAGUGUCAGUAUGGUGAACGCAGCCUAUUAUUUGGCACUACACAGGCUUUGUUCUCACAUGUUCAGCAAAUCGUUCACUGGCAUGUAGUUAGCGUUUUGGUGUUUUAGUUUCCAUUAUGCUUGAAAUGGAAUUCAAAUGCAUUCUAUUUCAUACUAUUUCUAUGGUCCACACAAUCCAAUCAGUUGAUGAUGUUUGUUUUGAUUAAUUGUU